AUGGCGUCUAAGAAGGCUCUUCAGCGAGAGCUGACAUCAGAUUUCCUAGACCCCGUCGCGCCCGGGGGUGACGAGCAGGGAGAUGUCUUUUCUCUCCCUCUCUCCAAUUCUAUACAUUGCCACCUUGGCGUCGAGAAGAGGGACCACCUAGACUCUUCCUGCCGUCCAGAUGUUCAACCCAACCUUGACCCCACGCUUGACCGGCAGCCCGGCAUGCCAGGUCUCUACGAAACCGUCUCCGGUCCCGUCCGCACGGAACCCGUCUUCUCCGCUCGUACGAACCCUGCCGUCCUCCCCACACUCCAGAAGCGACACCAAAACUUCUCCUCCGCCGUGGGUGCUACCGCCGCUGCCGCUGCCGCCGCCGCUGCCGCUGCCGCCGCCGCCGCCGCUGCCGCGUCCUCCGAGGUCGACACCCACGCCAUCAUGCUGCUCACGCGGCCCCAGCCCCCGGCGUUGGAGCUCAAUCGUAGUGGUGGCUGUAGUGGCCGCCGGGGCCGCUCGAUCCAGAGCUCCUCGCGCCAGCCUUGGAAUGCGCGCGCGCGCCGCUCCACGCACCGUACCGGGUCCGUCCGCGGUAUCAUGGCUACGUGGGAGUCGCGGACGGCGGCGUCGCGGUGCGCGGAGCCGCCGUUGUGCGUGAUGGUGGAGGGCUGGAAGAGGUCCUCGCUGUUUCGCAAGGUGUGA